AUGAACGCCAUGGGUACAGCACUCUCUUAUCUUCGAAUACCUGCUCUUGCCACCUCUGGUCUGGCCGCUGUUGGAAGCAGUCUGCUGUACUUUAAACAAAACGACAUCAUCUAUCCUGCAAACAUUCCCGCCGGUUCGAGGACUCAAGUUCCCACUCCUGAUCAGUUCGGCCUCAAGAACGCGGAAUCUAUAACAUUUCCUACGCCUGACGACCAGGUUCUACAUGCAUAUCUCCUCCGCCCAUCUGAGCCGUCCCUGAAGAAAAAUGUCACGCUUCUGACAUUUCACGGGAAUGCUGGCAACAUCGGACAUCGUCUACCUAUUGGAAAAGUCUUAUCUGAGAGUUUGGGCUGCCACGUCUUCAUGGUUGAAUAUCGAGGUUAUGGGCUGUCCACUGGUACUCCAGAUGAAGUCGGUCUGUCAGUCGACGCCCAGACCGCCCUGGACUAUGUUCGCAACCACCGAGAGCUGAGGAAGACCAACAUUAUCAUAUAUGGCCAAAGUCUAGGAGGCGCAGUUGCCGUCAAGCUCUUGCAAGCCAACGAACAAGUCGGUGAUAUUGUCGCUGUGAUUCUCGAAAACACCUUUCUCUCCAUUCGGAAGAUGAUACCCGCUGUAAUGCCAGCCGCAAAGUAUCUAACUCCAUUCUGCCACCAGCGAUGGGACUCUGAAACGACGCUGGCCAAAGUCAAAGAUAAGAGUAUUCCGAUUCUCUUCCUGUCCGGUGGGCGAGAUGAAAUCGUUCCUGCCUCAAUGAUGAAGAACUUGUAUGAUAUGUGUCCUACCAAGAAAAUCUGGAGGGAGUUCCCCAAUGGCGACCAUAACUCGACAGUUGCGGAGCCUGGCUAUUUCGAUGCAAUCUGGGAAUUCCUGGUCCAGGAUGCGCUUGGACUGGAAGGAAUGCCAAACUUGAAGAAAGACGAAAUCAGUAUCGACGAAGACGAGCUUUGGAGUUGA